AUGACCACUGAACACCCCAACCAAGACUCCGUUCUCAAAAAGUCUGGCAGAAAGUUGUGCUGGGACGCUCGCGACAAGUACUUUGCGUGUCUCGACAAGGCCAAUAUCAUUGACGUUCGCAAGCCAGAAAACGCCGCAAAGUCGCAGCAAUUGUGUGGCUCUGAAGAGGCAGACUUUAAUAAAGAUUGCAUCGCCAGUUGGGUCGACUACUUUAGAACUAAAAGAGCAAACGAUUGGGAAAGAGAUCAACAACUCAAGAAGCUCCAGGCUCAAGGUGCCAUUCCUCUGGAUUCUACAAUCAGAUUCAAAUAA